AUGUCGCAUCCGCCUCCAUCGGGGCCACCGCCCGGCACCAUAAACAUUGUCCCCAUCCCUCUCGGUCUCUUUUCCGCUGCGAUGAACUCGACUUCGGCCCCGGGCCCCAGCGCAGGCGUCGUUGGCGCUCCCGUCGGCGCCGACUUCCAAGCCCUCUUCGGCGCUCUGCCGUCCAGCCAGCCCGCAGCGUCAUCUCCGCGCUCGAGGAAACCGGACGAGACCUCUUCGCAAGCUCAAAAGAAGCGCAAGGAGGAAGAUGAGGCCAAGCUGGCCCAGAUCUACGAAAAGUUCGAGUUCGACCCGCUGUGGGCGCGCCUCAGCGAGGCCCUAAGCCGCCUCAAGGGCGAUCCCAACGCCGCACAGAUCCUUUUGCCCCUGAUCGAGAGCAUGAUGGUGGUCUCGCAACACGUCGCCAACCCUGACCCGUCCUCCCCAGGAUCACCGCCCCCGGCGAGCAAUCCACCCCUUUCCAGGAGCCACAGCGGUUCUCAGCAGGGCGCUGAGCGUACGCCAAAGGAGAUCAUGGAGGCCAACUUCUUCGCCUUUACCGAAAAGCACCGCAAGAUCCUCAACGUCAUGGUGCGGCAGAACCCUUCGCUGAUGUCUGGCUCGUUCGCGCUGCUCGUCCGCAACUCCAAGGUCCUCGACUUUGACAACAAGAAAAACUACUUUACGCAGCAGCUCCACAAGGGCCGCAGGGAGCACUACACGCCUCUCUCGCUCUCCGUGAGGCGGCAGUACGUCUUCGAGGACAGCUUCCAGUACCUCAACCGUCGCAAGGGGCCCGAGGUCAAGCACGGCAAGCUCAAUGUCCGCUUCUACAACGAGGAGGGCAUCGAUGCCGGCGGCGUCACUCGAGAGUGGUUCCAGGUCCUGGCCAGGGCCAUGUUCAACCCAGACUAUGCCCUCUUCCAGCCCUGCGCGGCGGACCGCACCACGUACCAGCCUAACCGGAUGAGCUCGGUCAACGAGCACCACCUGUCGUUCUUCAAAUUCGUCGGGCGGGUCAUCGGCAAAGCCAUCUACGACAACCGCCUGCUCGACGCCUACUUCACCCGCAGCUUCUACAAGCACAUCCUCGGCAAGUCGGUCGACUACCGCGACCUCGAGUCGAUUGAUCCAGAGUACUUCAAAAGCCUCCAGUGGAUGCUCGACAACGACAUCACCGAUGUGCUCGACCUGACCUUCAGCGUCGACGCCGAGGAGUUUGGAGAGACCAAGAUCAUCGAGCUCAAGCCGGACGGGGCCAACAUUCCCGUGACCGAGGCAAACAAGGUCGAGUAUGUCCGGCUCGUCACCGAGCAGCGCCUGACCCAGUCGAUCCGCUCCCAGAUCGACGCGUUCCUCGAGGGCUUCAACGACAUUAUCCCGGCCGACCUGAUCCGUAUCUUUUCCGAGCAGGAGCUGGAGCUACUCAUCUCUGGGCUCCCCGACAUUGACGUCGACGCUUGGAAGAACAACACCGAGCUGCACGGCUACUCUUCCGGCGAUGCCGUCAUCCAGUGGUGGUGGAGGGCGGUGCGUUCAUUUGACCAGACGGAAAAGGCCAAGCUGCUGCAGUUCAUUACGGGCACCAGCAAGGUGCCGCUCGAGGGUUUCGGUCACUUGCAAGGCGUCCAGGGAACGCAGCGAUUCAACAUCCACAAGGCCUACGGCUCCGACCGCCUGCCGGCCGCCCACACCUGCUUCAACCAACUCGACCUCCCUCAAUACGAGUCCUACGAGAAGCUGCGUUCCUCGCUGCUCAUCGCCAUGAACGAGGGCGGAGAGGGCUUUGGAUUCGCCUAG